AUGGCACCUGCUACUUGCUGGAUACAACUUCCAAAUUGUCUACUGCCCCAGAAAGCAGUCUGGGAAACCCAAUGCCCUGUCAUGCGCCCCAACCAUGCCAAUGUUCCCCCAGCUGACCAGACAAUGCUUCCUGACCCUGUAUUUGCCAAUGUUGUGCUUGUAUUGCCAGAAAAGGAGUUGCAACACCAGGUCAAGUUAUCCCUGGAUCAGGACAAGUCCCUAGAAGAGGUCCUGCAAUUCUUGCAAAACAAAUCCAAGGCCCUGCCUUCCAUCAAAUGUGCAUUCAAGGACUAUCAGAUGGAAGCCAGGUUGUUAUUCUAUCAAGGAAGGACUGUUGUCCCUGUUAUGGAACAGGAUAAAGUAGUAAAGAACAGCAAAGCAAACAUGAUGUAG